AUGCUGCAGCAGUCCGCAAGAUCGACAGUGGGCUGUUCCCUUGCGCCUGUGACCUGCAGCGAGGUCCGCUACCCGGCGGCCUCGCAGUUAGACCUGCAGACGGGCGGCGCGUGCCAGUCACUGUCAAGCCUGGAUACUUUUCAGCAGCUUAGACACUCGUCCGACGACAAACACCUCUGCAUUCGCGCCCUUUCUAUGUGCGUCCAGGUGAUUUCGUUGAUGGGAGCGGCGCGCACAGCGGCGAGUGGGGACCCGUACCAGAGGAGGAAAAAUUUGCGAUCAAGCACGACCGCGCUGGUAAGAGUAGCCACUGCAAGCCGCUUACAUCCGAGUACAGCGCUCUGCGAAACAGGCAUCCUUGGGAUGUGUAAGUCGCGCAAAGGCGGCAGCAGCCAGUUUUACGUGACAUUGCGGCCCUACCCUCAGUUCGAUGGUUUUUUGGUAGCUAUUGGUAAAGCCGUCAGCGGGAUGCAGGAGCUUAUUCGGUUUGCACAAGAAGGAGUGCCCUGCGACGUGAACCAGAGACCCCUCGAAGACUGCUUCACUAUUCAGAGCGUGGAGGUUAUCUCUGCUUAA